AUGCACUUUCAAGAUGCCUGUCUCCAUAACUGCUUCAUCAUCCUCCUAUUCGUACACCUGCUACUCCCUGUCAGCCAUGGCAAUGGAAACGCGCACUUCAAUGUCAUUGGACCUGAUGGUCCUAUUCUGGCUAUAUUGGGGAAAGACGUAGAGUUACCAUGCUACCUGAUUCCUAAUGUCAGUGCUGAGAAUACGGAAUUGAGAGGAACAACACUUGUAAGAGGCCACAUCUCCAAGGACAAAGCUGCAGUGAGGAUACACACCGUCCCCAUGUUUGAUAAUGGGACAUAUCACAGCCAUUUCAAAGAUGGCAGCAAUUAUGGGGAAGCUGCACUGUGGAUGAAGGUUGCAGGGAAGGGGUUUGCUUGCUUGGUCAUCUUGAUUUUCAGUGAGCCAAAUUGUCUGGGCUUACACCCGGAAAUCAGCUUGAGAUACAACAAGGAAGAAGGGGUCCAGGCCGAGUGCACAUCAGCAGGCUGGUUCCCGGAGCCCCAGGUGGAAUGGAGAGAUUUUCAAGGACAAAUAAUCCCAUCUGUGACCAAUGUGUCUGUGUCAGCUACAAGUGGACUCUUUUCUGUGGUCUCCAAAGUAGUGCUCAGAGAUAAGAGGAUGAAAGGCCUCUCUUGCUCCAUUGCUAAUCCCCUCCUCCUCAAGAAGAGGGUAGCCAAGAGUUAUCUACCAGGAAAUGCCCACUUCAAUGUCAUUGGACCUGAUGGUCCUCUUCUGCCUAUAUUGGGGAAAGACGUAGAGUUACCAUGCUACCUGAUUCCUAAUGUCAGUGCUGAGAACAUGGAGUUGAGAGGGUACAGGGACCAUUCCUCCCCAGCUGUGCAUUUGCACCAAAAAGGGAAGGAUGUAUAUGAAGAACAAAUGGAAGAGUAUUGGGGAAGAACAACACUUGUAAAAGACCACAUCACCAAGAACAAAGCUGCAGUGAGGAUACACAACGUCCCCAUGUUUAAGAAGGGGACAUAUCACUGCCAUUUCAAAGAUGGCAGCAAUUAUGGGGAAGCUGCACUAUGGAUGAAGGUUGCAGGGAAGGGGUUUGCUUGCCUGGUCAUCUUGAUUCUGAGUGAGCCAAAGGGACUGGGUUUACAGCCAGUAAUCAGAUUGAGAUACGACAAGGAAGAAGGGGUCCGGGCCGAGUGCACAUCAGCUGGCUGGUUCCCGGAGCCCCAGGUGGAAUGGAGAGAUUUUGAAGGACAAAUAAUCCCUUCUGUAACCAAUGUGUCUGUGUCAGCUACAAGUGGACUCUUUUCUGUGGUCUCCAAAGUAGUAGUCAAUAAAAAGAUGAUGAAAGGCCUCUCGUGCUCCAUUGCUAAUCCCGUCCUCCUCGAGAAGAAGGUAGCCAAGUGUUAUCUAGCAGCCACUUUCUCCAGAAGGUUCAAGCCCUCACCGUGGAGAAUAGCCCUGCCUCUGAUGCUCAUGCCACGGGGACUUGUGGUAGCUGGAGCCAUCAGCAUCUUCCUAUACGUGGCAGAGGAAGAAAAAGAAAAAACUGUUGGAGGAAAUGAGAAAAUGCAAAGAGGAGGAGCAACAGGUCCACAUCGAUACCUCGUGGGCCUGGGCAUCUUGGCACCCAAUGUUGGGCUAAGGCAUGGGGGAUUCCGUGAGGGACUCAGCCUGAAAGACACAGAAGGACUGGCUGGUCGCUACAGAGAAUUAAGAGGGUCUCUGGGAGAAUACCUGCCUCACGGAAUAAAGCAACCUCGCAAAGAUGUUCCUAUUACUGCCUUUUCUUACUGGAAUCUUAUUAAUGAAAUCUUAGCUGCCAGACAUUUCCAUAAAGAUGUUCAAGAUGUGGUGGAGAAGGGAAAAAGGUUUCUUAAGAAGGAACUCAGGAAAAGUCAGUCCUUUCUUAAUUCUGAUCCUGGAAAUUAUCAUAAAUCUCUCCUUAAUGAAGUGAAUUCUCCCCCUCCCGAAGAUAAGGAUUCUGUUAAAACGCCCACUGUAGAAGAGGAUAUUAACCAAGAUAUUCCUACUCAAAGCUGUGCCCCCUUAAAAGUUGAUCCCGCAGACAAACUUCCACUUAAAGAACCCAGCUUCCCUAAAGCGCUGUAUCCUACUUUGAAAAUUUUGCAUUUGGAGACAAAUCAUGACAAUAAUUAUUUAACCCCUGAAGAGGAAGCUGAUUUAAAGGGCGAGGCGGCUAAGUAUCAUAGCCUUGACUGGCCGCCUCCUGUUCUUCUUGCACAACAACUGCCUCCUUACAACUUACCGUGGCCUCUUAUGUCUGGCCCUGCUUUUGACCCCCCACAGAGCUAUUCGUUCAUGCUACCAGGUGUUAGUGAUCCAAUUUUAGAAAUUAAGAACCUCAGGGAGUCUAUUCAGCUUAAAAAGAAGCACAAUAAGUUAGCUAAAUAG